AUGAAACUAAACUCACAAGUAAAUAAAAUAUUUUGGGGGAAAACAACUAAUCACACUUACAAUACGUACAGUACGUAAUUUGUUUUAAAAUAUAUAUCUUUACAAGAUACAGAAUAACUCUUUAAUUAAAAAGCAAUUUGAUUCUAAUUACCCCAUUAUUUAUUUAACAUUAUGUUAAGCAUAUUAACUUUUUACAUAACACAUUACCUAAUAGUAUCUAACAAGAUAUCUAAAGAUACAUAUGUAUAUAAAAACAUAUAUAACUAACCCUUAAUCUUUUUUUUUGAUAUUUCUAAAUCAAAUCAAAGUAAAAAUAUCAUGCUUUCUUAAUUGAAAACUUAUAGCUUUUUAAAAUGAGGAAUAACACUUUCUUUUCUAUUUUAUUUAUUUUUAUUAACAAUUAUUCUGCGUUGUUCUUUUCAUAAUACUAAUCUAAAGAAUAAAUUGUAAUUUAUUUAUUCAAUUCUUAUUAUUACUUUAUAUUGUAUAAUAUAUUAUAUCACACGUUACUACAUCACUUAAUACUUCUAUGCUUAAAAUUAUUUGUCAGUUAUUCGUAUUUGUUAAAUGUUUUACAUUCAUUACAGUUUCAUUACACCAUCUCUAGAUGUAUGUCAAUUUAAAUAUCUUGGUUACUAAUCCUUUUUCAGGGAUUACUUAAUUAAAUGAAUAUCAUUUGUUCUAAAUCUAUAUAAUUUAAUGAAACUUACAAUAGACGAAUAAUGCAGGUUUCAAUUCUAUUGGAAUAAUUUAAUUAACUGAAUUAACAGAAGAAAAACAAAAAAUUUUGCAAGCAAUUUAACAUACAAAUAGCAAAGGAAAGAAAUUACUUCAAUGUAUUCUCAGAUAUACGCAGUUGUUUGUCACUUUUUCUCUUUAAUUGAUACUUAUUUGAAAGAACAACAUUACGUAAUGUGGAGUGAAGAAAUCUUUUAUUAAUAGAUUCUUUUGGUUUUAUCCAUCCGCUAGGACCCAUUAUUUCUGCCCUUUUUGCUCCAAGCUUUGCUUCUUCUAAUAAUGCCUCAACUGCAAGUCUAAAAAUAAAAUUACGUUAUCUAAAUUAUUUACUGGACAAUAAUAAAUAAUUUUAAAAAUUAUGGGUGAAUAUUAAUUAAUCUUGUACGAGCUUAAAUGUUAGUUUACGAUUUGGAAAAUAUCGUAUUAUUUCUAUCAAAUGUAUAUGUAAACUUGAAGUUAACCUUCGUAUUUCAAGAUAUUUGAUAUAUAAAAAUAUAACGAUUUAAUAUUCGUAUAUUCAGGUAUAAACUGAGGUAUAAACUCACUUGUUUAAUGUUUCAUCGUCCAUUUUAAUAGUAUUUAACAAUUCUUUUUAUUCUCCCACUUAAAACAUAAAACUUUUUCAUUAACUUAUGUUUCUUAUAAGUCGAAUGAAAUUAUUUCUCAAUGAUAAAUUAAUGAUAGAUUUUGUAUAAUUUUUUACUGUAUAUAAAAUAAAUAAAUAGUUAUCAUGUAAAUUACUUAUAUCAAAAAUGAAAUGUUACGUUUUACAUACUUUUGUACUGACAUAAACACGGAUAUGCAUGUAAAUUAAGGUUAUGUUUAUGCCAAGUUAUAUACGAUUACGAACAUCCAUAUUUAUCUAUUUCCACUUGUGAUAUUUAAUUUGCAAUUUUUUCAUAAUCAAGGAGAUACUAGCUAUAAUUUCAAGAAUAUAAUUUAAUAAUAUUAAUAAUUUAUUUUUCAGCAUAUUUUUUAAUACAAUUUCUAAAUUUUAUGUGUAAAUAAUCCUAAAAUUGCUUGUGAUUCUAUUGAAUAUAUAUUAUUCUUUUAGUGUAUAAAGUAAAAUUUGUAGAAAAAUUGAUUUAUUUAAUCAUUUAAUAAUUUACAUCUAAUUUUAUUUUAGGAUAAUGGAAGAUCCUGAAUUGAUUGCACUAAAUAAAUUAAAAGAUGACCUUAUUGCAAAAGCAUAUAGUUUGAUUGAGAAAUUACAAAAGCAGGAUAGUCAGGAACAAGUUGUUACAUUAAAGUUAUUACCAGAAUGUACUGAUAAUAUAGAAGAAAAAUUACAAGAACAAUGUGAACGUAGAGUAUGUGAACUUUCUCGCCAAAUUUCUGGCAUAACAUUUGAAAAUAUAGAUAAAAAAUGGUUACAUGAUAAUAUUUAUAAAUAUACAACUUAUUUGGUAACAAAAACAUUAAAUUUUUAUAUAGACUUGACAGUAAAAUUGGAGGAUGAAAAAGAAUUUGAAAUUUGCGACAUAACAUGUCAUUUUAUAAACAUUGAUAAAUGCUAUAUGUUGGAAAUUGAACCUUGGAUUCAAAAUAUGACAAAAAUGAAAAACUUCUCAUUUCUUACAUCUGCAAUUUCACAAUACAACGAGCAAAGUAUUCUAAGAAACAAGAUACUUGAGAAGAUGGUUGCUGAGAAGUAUGUAAGCUAUAAACAGUGUACGGACGAAAAUGGUGGAAUUUUGAUAGAUGUACAUUCAACUGAAAACAAAAAACAAGUGUAUUUGGUAUUUCAGUGGUCAGUACUGUUUUUGGAACGAUAUUGGCGAAUCGAACAUCAUUUUAUUAUAAAUCCUGAAGAAAUAGGAAUACCAUUUGCAGAAGAAAAUCAAACUUUGUUAAUGAAAUUUUGUGAACCAAAUCUUACAAAAGAGAAUCUUAUUGAUCUAUGGAACAAUUUGUGCCUUGCUAUUGACGUAUACGAAGAUAAAAAUCAUUAG